AUGGGACACAGGAUUAAUGUCACAGAAUUUGUCCUCCUGGGCCUCACUCAGGAUCCCAGCGCACAAACAGCAUUAUUUGUCAUGUUUUUACUAAUCUACACUGUGACAAUAGUGGGAAACGUACUCAGCAUGGUGACUGUCCUUGCCAGCCCUUCCUUGGGCUCCCCGAUGUACUUCUUCCUUGCCAAUCUGUCACUCCUUGAUGCUGUUUAUUCCACUGUCUUCUCACCCAAGUUACUGACAGACCUGCUCACUGGUAGGAAGACCAUUUCCUUCCCAGCCUGCAUGGGCCAGCUCUUCUCAGAACACUUAUUUGCUGGUGCUGAGAUCUUCCUUCUGGUCGCGAUGGCCUAUGACCGCUAUGUGGCCAUCUGUAAGCCACUUCACUAUCUCGCGUCUAUAUGGUGA